AUGUUCGACAGCACGCUCCGGUCCAAGCUCGACCCCGCCCUUGAGCGGCUUGCCGCGCGUUUGGCGCGCGCCGGCGCGACCGCCGACCAGGUGACGAUCGCCGGGCUGGUGCUCGGCGUGGCCGCCGCCGGUGCGAUCGCGCUGCACUGGUUCUGGCUUGGCCUCGCGCUGAUAUUGAUCAGCCGCCUUUGCGACGGUCUCGACGGCGCCGUCGCGCGCAUCACCGGCAAGACCGAUUUCGGCGGCUAUCUCGACAUCGUACUGGAUUUUGCCUUUUACGGCGUGAUCCCGAUCGGAUUCGUCCUUGCCGAUCCCGGCGCCAACGCGGUGGCCGGUGCCGUUCUGGUCUUUUCGUUCUAUGUCAACGGCGCCAGCUUCCUCGCCUAUGCGAUCAUGGCCGAGCGGCACGGGCUUUCGAGCGAAAGCCAUGGCGAGAAGUCGAUCUUCUUCACCACCGGCCUUGCCGAAGCCACCGAGACCAUCGCCGUGUUCGUUCUGAUGUGUCUCGUGCCGCACUGGUUCGCGGCAAUCGCCUGGGUCUUCGCCGCGAUCUGCCUUUACACGGCCGUCUCGCGCAUUGCUCUGGCCUCGCGGACCCUGCGCUGA